AUGGCUGGCAGCAUAAGAGCCGCGGGCCGCUGCCAAAAUGACGAGGACUGGCAGGCAAUGAUCGAACCGCGCAUCGCAGCUAUACGAGCGGCGUACCCGCAGCUGAAUUGGGAUCAUGUCAACCAAACGACUUCUGCACCUCUCUCGCGCACCAGCUUCAGCAGAAGAUGCACCCCAAGCAACCUCAGCCACUACAGGAUCUGUAAAUACCGCAAACGGAUAGGCGUACCAAUCUUGGAUGAGGACAUUGUCAUUCUUGUCAUCCAGGGCCAAGCAGGCGAAUUGCCUGGCAACCUGCGAGAGGACGCUGCUUUGGUCGAAAAGCGCAACAAAUAUGCCGCUGUCCUCGGGCUGUCUCGAAUCACACCAGUUAUCAAAGGUCCCAGGAGGCGACAUGAAAAAACCAAUACUGAGAGAUUGCAGUCGCCAUUGUGCAACUCUAACCUCGAACCAAACACUGAACAAGAUACGAAUGUCGCCACUGGCAACACGGCGUACAACAAUCCUCUCAAGAAUAUAAAGAAGCAAAACAACGAUGCACGGAAUGGCGAUGAUUGGAGAGAAAUGCUCCUUGACGCUAGUGAUGGAGAGAGUCAGCACCCGAAUGAGAGGCGCAAGAGCGGCAGAACGAAGAGGCAGCAGGGAAGUGAUGAUGAUACACUCGUCGAACAUGGGCAGGACGAAUGCGAUUCGUCCGACGAAUUCCUAUUCCGCAACGUUGCCAGGCGUAUCUUUCCCCUGACGAAGAAUUCUGUUGCUCACGGAGCGGAAAUCCUUGCGCUUCACCAAAGCAACGAACGCGACGUCACGCGAAAUCUGGAGAACGAGAAAGGAACAAAGGCUGCCGUCAAACAACUUGAGCUACGAGUCAAAGAGCUCGAAGAACAUAUUGAGCAGUUGUACGACUACAACACUACACUUCGAGAGGAACUAGGGCUUUGGGGGGGAGGCAGUAUACGAAAGCCUAUGAACGAAAAUCGUCUGCAACACAUCGAUAAACUCAAGAGUCUCUCUGAGUCUUGGAUGAGAGAUGACCAGAGUCAACAGGAUAAGGGAUGUCUCGAACCCGAACCGAAGCUCACGAAAAGCUUCGAGACAUCCGACGGGCAAAGUCACAUGGUCCAAGAUUCUGGACGGUUCCCAAGUCUGCCCUACUCCAGCUUGACUGGCUAUAAAUCUGGCUGCGGGGAUGAAAUUGACGCCAUCCAUGACGGCGACAAGCUACCGGAUUACAGCCCUCGUUUCAGGGGAUGGGCUCGUUAG